AUGACUCCGAAAGUUAGAAUAUCGUCAAAAAUUGUUGCGAAAUUAGAAUGCUUGGGAGCAGCAUCAACUGGCAGGUUAUUCGGUGUGAUGUGUGAUAAUUAUUUGACAGUUCUAAGUUUUGUACUGAACCCAAAACUCGAGGAGAUAAAUGAUGACGAUGACCAAGAGUCGCAGCACCAAAAUUCUGCACACCAAAAAUCAGAGAAAAAAAAAACUAAGAAAAAUGAAAUAUUGAAGCCGAUUGAUUUGCAAUUGAAUAUGCCAGUAGAAAUAGAUUUAUGUGGAGUACUUUUCGUUGAUAAUCACGAAGAAAAUAUUCCAGAAGCAUUUAAGGAUAUUGACAUCACUGAUAAUCCAUUACUCAUCAAAUAUUCUAGAGCUAGCGGUAUUUCCGCUUAUUAUUACGUACAUGAACAAUUGAAAUCAGCUGGAAAAUUAGAGUUUAUUGACGAAAAACUUUUGCUUGAUAAAUUCUCUUAUGCUAGACUUAGGACAAGUGUGCCUAUGAUUACAGAUAAAAAUGAUUUUUCUGAACUGUUUCAGUGUACCCGUAAAAAUAUUGCUUCCGGUACCGUUGGUUUUUACUUUCCAUCAACAAAAUUAUUUUUAACUAACAACGACACAGAAGACCGUGAAGUCUCAGUAAAACUUUUAUCAUCUACCAACGCAUCAUUUCCCACCGGCUACACGAAUACCAUCGAAGUAGAAAUGUUCAUGUGCAUUACAAAAGAAAAAACAGAUGAUACCAAGAAAAAUUAUGCACCAGUACUGCAGCAUGUAAAGCAGCCAUUUGUCAAUUACGAAUUCAAUUUGAGAAUUGACAGCCUAGCGCUAAUUGGACACAACCAAACUGCUCCGCAAAUUUACUCGAUUCUCGUUGAAUCAGUGUGUCGCUCGCUGCGUCUGAUUGAGCGAUCAAUAAUUCUUUCAAGUAAUAACACAGUUAAAAUACCUGAGAUGAUGCAUUUUAAAUUACCACACUGUGAUCACUUGGUAUCAAUCGCUUAUGCUGAUACCUCUGCUGAAAAAACACAAGAGUACAGGAAGAAAUUACACGAAGCGUUUGCUUGUGAUUUAACGCGUCCGUACUUCCGUCCCGGGAAUGCUGUCAAAUUUUUAAGUGAUUACAAACCUGAUGAGCCAUUACUAGAGCCCCAUACUGCAAUUAAAACUUCAAUAGGUAAUAAUUCUAGUUUUGUUAGUGGAAUGUAUGCUUAUUAUCACUACGGACAAGAUAAUUUCCAUGAUAGUGGCUGGGGAUGUGCAUACAGAUCAUUGCAAACUAUUUUUUCUUGGUUUAGAUUUCAAGGAUACACUGAACAACAAGUACCUUCACAUCGUGCAAUUCAAAAGUCUCUAGUCGAUAUCGGUGAUAAACCUUCAAGUUUCAUUGGAACGAAUCAAUGGAUUGGCUCGACGGAAGUUGGCUUCGUAUUGGAAACACUUCUCAAUGUAAAUUCAAAAUUUUUGAUCGCUUCGAGUGGUAAAGACAUGCCGGAUUUACUAGAAGAUCUUCGGCAACAUUUCCAAACACAAGGAACUCCUGUUAUGAUCGGUGGUGGAGUACUGGCCCACACUAUUUUAGGCGUGAGCUACGAUGAAAGUAAGCAAUUACCGUACUGGUUGAUAUUGGAUCCUCAUUAUGAAGGGAGAGAAAAUUUGAGUACAGUGCUAGAAAAAGGAUAUUGUGGAUGGAAAGGGAAAGAAUUUUGGCGUAAAGACGCUUUUUAUAAUAUGUGUCUUCCACAGAGACCUAUUUAUUAUUAA